AUGCCGGCUGCUGUAGUAAGUAGUCCCGGCGGCGAUGUCCCGGAGUUUGAGGGCAAGGUCACGGUCUACGUGAUCAUCUGCGUGAUCAUCGCCGCCUUCGGAGGACUUAUGUUCGGUUAUGACAUCGGAAUUUCAGGAGGUGUGACAUCCAUGGAUGACUUCCUGAAGAAGUUCUUUAUAAACGUGUACGAGAAGAAGCAGCAUGUCCAAGAGAACAACUACUGCAAAUACAACGACACGCUUCUGCAGCUCUUCACGUCGUCGCUCUACAUCGCUGCUCUCUUGGCCAGCUUCGUCGCCUCAAGGGUGUGCACAAAGAUGGGCCGGAAGCCAACUAUGCAGAUCGCGUCGGUCCUCUUCCUCAUCGGGGUCGGGUUUCAGGCUGGCGGCAUCAACAAAGAGAUGAUUGUGUGCGGACGACUCAUGCUCGGAAUUGGCGUCGGUUUCGCCAAUCAGGCAGUGCCUCUAUUUCUAUCAGAAAUAGCACCGGCCAAGAUGAGAGGAGCGCUCAACAUUUGCUUCCAGCUCUUCAUCACCAUCGGGAUCUUGGUCGCCGGCCUCAUUAACUACUUCACCUCCAAAAUCCACCCCCAUGGGUGGCGCAUCUCCCUUGGCCUCGCCGUGGUCCCUGCCUUCAUCCUCCUUGUCGGGUCCUUUGCCAUCUGCGAGACCCCAACGAGCCUCAUCGAGCGCAAUAUUCUCGACGAGGGCAACGCCACCCUCAAGAAGAUCCGGGGCACCGAUGACGUCACCGCCGAGUUCGAGUCCCUUGUGGCAGCGAGUGAGAUGGCCCGCCUGGUCAAGAACCCCUUCAGCAAGCUCAUGCAGCCCUCGAGCCGCCCCCCGCUCGUGAUCGCGAUCCUGCUCCAGGUGUUCCAGCAGUUCACCGGGAUCAACGCCAUCAUGUUCUACGCGCCCGUCCUCUUCCAGACGGUCGGGUUCGGCAGCAACGCGUCGCUGCUCUCGACAGUCAUCACGGGUCUUGUCAACGUGUUCAGCACGCUAGUCUCUAUCUACACGGUCGACUGGGCGGGAAGGAGGAUCUUGCUCCUCGAAGCUUGUGUCCAGAUGUUCCUCACUCAGAUCGUGAUUGGCUUGAUCCUCCUGAUAGACCUGAAGACCACAGGCUCAUUGAACCACUCGGAAGCCCUAAUCGUGGUCACCCUGGUGUGCAUAUUCGUGGGGGGAUUCGCGUGGUCGUGGGGCCCGCUAGGGUGGCUCAUCCCGAGCGAGACGUUCCCCCUCGAGACCCGGACCGCCGGGUUCGCGUUCGCCGUGAGCUCCAACAUGCUCUUCACCUUCAUCAUCGCGCAGGCCUUCCUGUCGAUGCUGUGCCACAUGAAGGCUGGGAUCUUCUUCUUCUUUGCCGCUUGGAUCUUGGUCAUGGGGCUGUUCACGCUCUUCUUCUUGCCCGAAACGAAGGGCGUCCCCAUCGACUCGAUGGUGGAGAAGGUAUGGAAGCAACACUGGUUUUGGAAGCGGUACAUGGUCAAUGUGAACGAAGAAGAAAUGAAGGAGACAGUGCAUCCGCAUGUGAAGUAA